AUGUCCAUCAACGUCGCAGUGUCCAUCCCACUGGAAGCUGCUGUGGCCGUACGACGUAUGCGAUACACCUUUGAAUCGAUUGAAACCAACGAACCCGGAUUGGAGAAUGCUCUCGCGACCGUCUGCAGUGCAGUCAUCGAAGCCAUCAGGUCGCUUCCUUACAGCCUCUCAAUGCAAUCUCCACCCAUCGAAUCAUCAACAUUAAGACUUGUUUCGGACGGCUCAUCAGAAGUACAGUCAUUGAGAUCAUCACAACGAUCUGAUCCUUUCGAAAUCUUCUCCCCGGUAUUAUCAUCCUCGUCGAAUUCAAGUACCAGCAUCAAAGAAGACAAGACGCCGCUGUUGGAUGAUGAUGAUGAUGAUGAUGAUGAUGAGGAGGAGGAAUGGGGAUCCCCACCUAGUGUUGGAUUCCAGAACGACUUUGAUGUGGAGAUUCAAGAUGUUCAAGGUAGUAUCUACCAAGUCUCAGUAUAUGGGGACUUGACAGUCAUGGGUCUACAGACAAAAGUCGAACGACUAUUUCGUCUACCGGCUGAUCAGCAGAAAUUGGUCUGGAGAGGAUACAGAUUGAAUCAACUGGACGCAACGCUAAGUUCUUACGGCGUACAACCCAACGAAACCAUAACCGUUCAUCGCCAUCUUCUUCCCGCUGCUCCCAUGCCCCCAGCUUCCCACGGAAUCUACUUCGAAGACGCUCAAUUCGAAUUCUUCCUCCAAACCCUCUCCGGGAAAGUCAUCCCCAUCGAAGCCAGAGAUGAGACAACCACGGCAGAGAUAGCUGGAGGAAUCUCCGAUAAGCUUGGAAUCGCGGAGAAAUUGCAGAGGAUCAUAUACCGCGGAACGGUCAUAUACGAUGGUUUUGAACGAGCAAGAGGGAAAGAGAGCCCGAUCUGGACAAUGGAGGAGAUUGGAAUCGGACAUGCUUCUAUUGUGCAGCUGUUUAUUGUCAAUACAUCACGAGAGUAG